AUGGCAGCCAACACUAUCGAAUGGGGAGAAACGCGCGCACCCAUCCACAUUGGCGAAAAGCUCUUGACGCCCGGGUAUGCGACCGACAUCGAGCUCACCAUCCCGGCGACCAUCGAGGGGCCGAAGCGCACGGAGAAGUCGUGGGGCCGGAUAUGGCUCACCGACCAGCGCAUCAUCUUCAUCGCAGUCAAGCGGCCGGGCGGAGAAGACCUGAAUGCGCCGCACCGCGUUGCAGGUGCGCCAGGCCUACACUCGCUCAUCAUCCCCUAUGACACAAUCAAGGACACGUCGUUCCAUCUACCCAUCUUCAGCGCCAACCACCAGCUCAUCCAGUUCAUCCCCGACCUCGCGCAUCCAGCGCCCAACCUCCCGAACCCUGGGAGUAAUUCGGCACUGGUGUGCAAGCUCCUUCUCGCGGAAGGACUGGGGCACAACAUGUACAAGCGCAUCGAGAAGGAGCGCGAGACGUGGCUCAAGCGCCUGCGAGACGGCGAGACCCUGCCGGCAUACACCCCGCGCGAGGCGCCACCGCCGCCCCUCGCGACCGAUUAG